CCCGUCCCGAGCGAGCCCCGCGAUGCUGGCGCCGGGCGGGCCCAGCCCCGCGCAGACCUGCGGGGCCGUGGUGGUGGCCGCCGUGCUCCUGCAGUCCGUCUGCGUGGCCGUCACCUUCCUCUACUUCACCAGCGAGCUCAAACAGCUCCAGGACACGUACUCCAAGAGCGGCAUCGCUUGUCUCACCGGGGAGGAAAUCGGAAAUUCCAUCCAAAACUUGGAUGAAAUUGAAGGCGAAGACAGAGAAGCUGAUCCCUGCUGGCAAGUGAAGUGGCACCUGGGAAAGUUAAUUAAAAAGAUUAUGUCGAAAAGCUACGAGGAAAACAUAUCUGCAAUCAACGCUGAAAGAACUCUGGCACUGUCACACACCGACAGGCAGCAGCCACGUGGUCCCAUCCACGGGGCCGCAGCUCAUCUGACGGGCAGCAACAACAGGAGGAGUUCCCUGUUCACACGCUUAGAUUUCUUGCCCAGAAAAGGGUUCGGUCAUAAAAUAAACUGGGAAUCGUCGAGGAAGACCCACUCUUUCCUUUACAAUGUGGAGCUGAGAAAUGGCGAGUUAGUGAUACCCCAGACGGGCCUUUAUUACAUCUACUCACAAAUUUACUUUCGCUUCCGUGAAAACGAGAACGAGGAUUCAGAUUCGCUGGGACAAAUCAGGAACCCCAAACAGCUUGUCCAAUACAUUUACAGACUGACCAAUUACCCUGAGCCCAUUUUGCUCAUGAAAAGUGCAAGAACAAGCUGCUGGUCUAAAAAGGCGGAGUAUGGACUUUAUUCCACCUACCAAGGUGGCGUGUUUCAGCUGAAAAGAGAGGACAGGAUUUUUGUCUCUGUCAGUAACAGCGACUUAGUUGACAUGGAGAAAGAAGCAAGUUUUUUUGGAGCCUUCAUGAUCGGCUAAAAGA